UAUUUUCGUCCAUCUUCGCGUCUAUGCAGAUACAAGGAAGGGUCCCUUAGAUUACCAUCAUGUGCCAAUUUAGAUUGAUACUGUUUGGAUAAAGCACAGACAAUGACAAUUCAAGUGACAUCUUCACUUCUCGUCGUGCGAGAUUAAUGUUUACCAAAAAGGCAAUCAAACAACAUUUGUGAUCAUUGAUGAAGUCAACUUGAAUUGAAGUGUCAGCACCUUGUUCGGUGGUAGUAUUUAUUAUCUUGCAUUUUCUAGUUAGGUUGUUUUUUGCAUUUUCUAGUUGGGUUGGCUCCACCACUACAUUAGUGACGAGAUCGGUCCUCCACUGGGCAUCAUCGAGAAUGUCAUCGUUGGUCACCAAGCGUGGAAAGCAGCCAGAUCAAGCGGAUGACGCGUGCGAAGAGGAGCAUGGGUUUUCCAAACGUCGGAGGGCCGAGCCCGAAUCCCCUCAGGAAACAAGUACUAUGGAGGAAGAAGAAGAGGUCGGCGAAGAUGAUGGUGAUCACCAUCUAGUCAGGAACAGAGGCUCGCCGCGGGGCACCAUCGUUGAAAUCGACCUUCAGAUGCCAACUUCGGACCUGCAGCUACCUCAGACCUGCACGACUGCGAACGGGAAUGAGUCAACAGAUCUACUACAACCGGCAAGUUUUCAAGCGGCUCCUUCCAGUAGUGCAUGUGCAGCAGCAACUUCAACUGGCAAGAAAGAGGAACUCUCGACGAAAAAGGUCCUCACCACCUCGACUUCUCGGGAGGUCGUGAAGGAUGAAGGUCAGGAAGAUGCUGGUGAUGAGGAUUCUGCAGCCAAGAAGAAGUGGCGUAUGUUCGUGAAUGUACUCGUACCCUCUGGGUCCCACGACGGGCCUCCGAACGUUGCAACCGUGCGGGUGAAGUGCAACGGCAUACCUGUGAACGAUGCCGACUCCGUCUCCUGGUGUGUGCAGAAAGAAGAAGAGAGUCUCUCUUUGAGCAGUGAUGUUCCUGUUGAAGCGCGCGACAAGAGCGCGACCCAGGAACAGAUGAGUCAACUUCAGCUUCAGGAACCUACAAAAGGAGUGGAUGAAGUAGGUCAAUAUAGUGUUGUCGUGAGCAAGCAAGACGAGCAGGUUGUAGAGGACUUGACGCUCGGAAACCCAUCAGAGGCUCAAGAAAAAUUGCAGGCCGCUUUGCAUAGCAGCUCUCCACCCCCAUGUUGUAGUAGGAGUUCGUCUCCUGAGUGUUCAUUAAGGCUAGGUUAAAGGUGCUUUUCUUACCGCUUUUUAUGCCUCUCCUAAGGGAGAAAGGCAUAACAAGCGGGGCAAGCGAGCACCAAAAACCUACCUCUAACAAAUUCAAGCUCACCUCCUACGACAUCUUUGAUUCAUCUUGUCGGACGGCGGUUGGAAGAACUUUUCUACUUCAGGAAGAACACGGAGCGCAAUGCUUUGGACUGGUACGACGAUGCCGGCGAAGAGGAGGACGCCUUAAAGCUCCUUGCGCCCUGCAUCCCAUCCGUGCAGGCCACCUAUUUAUGACCCAUUUUUCUUGUUUAAUAUCCUCGAAAUACUUGGAAAUUAUUACGAAUAAAUCUACUCAUGAUAGAGAUAGACAUAAUAAAUGCCAGAGUGUUAAGCAUUAUAUAAUCCACUUCAAAACGAAAACAAGAGUCAAUAUCAACAGAUGGCAGACACAGAGGUAAGAACCAACAUGAACAGUUUUUUUCCAUCGUCAUUGAUUAGAGUUGUUUAUGUUUUUCAUCGUAAUCUUUAUUUCCUCAUUGUCUCCCUCUGCGCCUCGUCCUGAAAUGACGUCCUCAAAUGAGCCUGAUGUUAUUCUGUCUCAUCUGGUGUUGCUUUAUCUCUUCUAAGGUGCCUUGGUCUGCCACCAGAUCCAAACCCCAUGAUGAGCCAGCCGGUAGGGAAUGGUCGCUAUGAGUUAUUGCCACUGAGCGGGCCUUAUCGCAGCCAAUGGUUUGCGGAACGCAAUUCUAAGAGGAUGACAAACAUUGCGCCGGGAACAGCCUUCAUCGGGAAGAGCAUUCGUCUCAGUGUUGAGCCGCGGAGCCGCCCACUAGAAGACGAAAGAGGCGAAAACACCAGCAACAGCAACUACAAGCCCAACGACCGCAGAACAACAGCUACCGUAACAAUUUUAGCGUUCAAAUUACAAGACGGCGUCGAUUGUUUUGUGGGCGUUCCCUCAGUUAAGCGUCAGCACCUCACUGCAUUCUCCACUGCCAUCCUCGGCCUUUUUUUCAAGUAGGAAACACUAGGUCAAGGAUGUUCUGAGGAAUGUAACGGUGAAGCCCCUAACUCAGUAGUGAAUGCCAGUGGGGCAGAGAGGGAUGGCAGCACUAUCGCCAUAGACAUGUGCUGUGACGAUGUGCAAAAAGUGGCCGAGGCGCUCCUUUCCGCUGUCGAAGAAGAUGAAACUGAUUUGACGAGCACUGGCGUCGAAGGUGAGCAUGAACAAGGUUUGGCAACUACCGCGACUCGUUUGGGAUUGCAGGAUGUGAGCAGUCUGGAUUUGCUGCUCAAGUUGCCAGCCGUUGCGACUUUCGAACUCGAUGGUGGCAAGGACGAUUCCACAGGAAGGACCUGCCAGACCCGAAGGGGCGUGGUGGCCACCACUACAUCUUCCACUACAUCUUCCGGCACAGAAAGCGAUCAUGCUAACAGAAAGCAAUCAGAUCAUGCUGAAACGAGAAAACCUCCGCCUCCACGAAAAGCGGCACCCGACCAGACGAGGAAGCUGUCCACCUCGUCCCCCUCCUCGGACAAGAACAUCAAGGUAAAAGACAGCGAGGAACGCAAGAACAAGAAGUUGUUGAUGUGGGACUGGACAGAAGAUCCAGAGCGCUGGGGAGCGAUGAGGCGCUCUUUCUCCGAGGAAGUGCCACCCAGCUGUUCUACACCGGAGGAGCGAGCGGCAAUUCCAAAGACCUUGCAACCCGGCAACUACAAGCGUCCAAAAGUGCAUUUUUGCUUGGAUCGUCGAUUUGUCGUCGUUUUUCGGAAAUCCUCAUCCUCCUCGCCUUCCUCCUCAGCUAAUCAUACCUGCUCUUCCUCAACGUCAACAUCUUCUGCAGACAACACGACAGUCGGAGGGCUCUCCGGUUGUACAGCACAACGCGGUGCUAAACGCGGAACUGUUCUUGGUUCCUACAUUGGGGGGAGCCGGCGCCGCUCUUGGCAGGAGAUUCUGCCUGCUAACAGAGACAUCAACUUGCAGUCCGGUCUCCAGUGCUAUCGCUGUUGUCUUCCUGUGCAAGGCAUGCCUACCCUCGAGAUCGGACCCAAAUACACCUCGGCUGGCUCUCCGCGCUAUCUCUGGAUCUGCUACGCUUGUUUCUUGGAAUACCAGGAGACACAGCGAGUUCGAAACAGCCACUGGCACUUUGACCAAAGGCACGACCUACGACUCGUUGGAUCCGAAGAGGCGCUAGGGGUCUACCCCGAUUUGCUCGUUUGCGGUCACCCGUGGUGCAAUGGUUCCGGAAGCGAUUUGAUCGACCCAAAGCCUGACCCUGAUGGACGAGGCUGCCGCCUCAGCUGCAGAAAAUGCAAAACUUCUUGCACUUACAUACCGGGCAAGCGACGGCUGCCCGUGCCCCUGAAUUUCCUUUCGUUGACGCAUCGCGCAAACCUCUCUUUUGACGAAAUUGAAAAGGAAAAACGCAGACGCGGUCUCUUACGAUAGUAAGGUUCCGCAGGAUGGGAAACCCCGACGACGCCCUGUGCAACAUAGUGCAAGUGCACCUAGAAUUUCUUGUAAGGAAUGCUAGCAGUGGAGCUUGUUCUUUAUCUAUCAUAUUGGUAACAGUUUUUGAGCAUCAUUAACUGUUUGGAAUAUGGAAAGACUCCUUGUAUAUAAUAGUAACCCGGAUAUCACACUGAGUCCUUCGUUUGUCUGCGGCUCAAAAACAGUACGCCACAUUUUCUUAAUCUUGGAAGUACUUCUUUAUGAACCUAGUAGCGGUCAGCGUCAGUUACUACAGCAUAUUUUUGAUGAGAAGCUCCUGUCUUCGGCACGGGCCACAACAUAACAGCAUAGAUUGUAAUCAGUAAUAUGAUCAUUGAACAUCGAGAUAUUAUAUCUCUCGGAGAAAAAGAGGAAAUGGAAAACAGUAGAAGGUGUCUAUCUAUUGUACUUGGUUAUAGGUCAACCAUUUUCAGGAGUCCGCAAAGCAAGGAGCAACACACAGAGUCGAGAUGGCAACAGCCACAAUAAUGAUUGUGUAUUUGCCAAUGUUGGCCAUUGAGUCGAGCCGACCUAUACAUCCUCUGAGUCGAGCCGGGUGCCGGGGGGCCUCGAUGUGCAGGAUUCACAACCUAACCUAACCAUUCCUCAGCAACGCAGUAGGUGUAGAACAAGAUGUAGAGACCUCCCACCCUCCCAACAGACUGGAUUCGUAACACUGGAUUCUAAAAUUGUCAGCAUGAAAAACCUUCAUAAGUCUAUAGAUACUAGUUCGUUUCUAGAUAUGCCGUAAGAUCCGACGGAGGAAG